CUUCAACACGCAUCUCUCCUGUCCGAUUGAAGAAACGUGGUGCCUUCUCCAUCUGUCGCCGGUAGAUAGACGUGCUAUUUUUCCGCUACCCCCCUGAGUGCUCGCUUUGGCGACUCAGGAGAAGGCGUUAUCGUCGUCUGGGCAGAAGCGAAGGUCGAAAGGUGAGGCGAACAACGGCUCACAUUUACCAAUGCCUCUCCCGCAAACGCUGUACACAUCACAAUUGGCCAUAUGGAUCGCCGAGUUUGGUCUCUUGUUCCCAUUACUAAUUAGGGGGGCGGUUCGAUUGAACGAGAAGCGUCACACUGCCACCACUUAUUCAGUUCCAGACCAUUAAUAAAGCCUCGGUCGUGAGCAGCUCUUCUGCCUCGUUGCAGUACCUCAACAACGGAACUCUGUUAGUUGUCUACUAGUGCGAACUCCUUGGAUGGCAUCGAACUCGAACUCCAUCUCUCUGAAUGUGGGAGACGCGAUUGAAUACACGGAAAGCACGACCGUAACGUUGGAAUGGACUCUUCGCGGAUUGAAGCAGCUCUUCGAUUCGAGUAAGGGCGAAAUGAAGAGUAAAGUAACGAAGAGUGUCAAGUUUGGAGGAGGGCGUUGGCAGGUUCUGUUCUACGCGAACAGUGGGCAUGAGGGAGGGAAUUAUGUUUCACUUUACUUAUCCUGUGAACCUGCGGAAGACGAAAAAGAACGCUCUGUAAACGGAAAGUGGAUUCGGGAAGGACUCUUCAAGUUCAGCUUUGAAAUUCGAAAUGUAAAUCGCGGGGCUCUUACAUCCCCUAAAGAAGCCUGUGAUCACUCCUUUUCAUACAAGACAGCCAAUUGGGGCUGGGCGCAAUUUGCUAAACGAGACGCAGUCUUCUACACUCCUAAUACCGUUCGACAUGUUGAUGCGUUCCUUGUCAUAUGCAACAUCACAUCUGCAUCUGCUGCCCCAAGUGCUGUGUCCCCUACCCCCGUCAGGACAGUGCCGCGAGGACUCCUGGACGCCGUUGGGGAUAUGUUAGAUGAUCCUACGUAUUCUGAUGUGUGUUUCGUUUUGCCGGCGAAAAAGCGGAGAGGUGUUAGGGGGAAGGUGGGAAAGCCCAAGACUAUCUACGCGGCCAGAAAGAUACUCCAAAGAGUUGACUAUUUUCAUACUAGUAUAACUGAUAGUCACAAUGCCGGAAAAAUAUCCAACGGCGCGUAUAGACGUUCUUAUCGAGGGGCAGACUCCAUAUCACUUUCAGUGGCCUCUGGAGACUACGGCUAUGAUCAUGAAGAUAACCAAGAAGAUGACUAUGACGGCUACACUGACUAUUGGUCACAAGAUCCAUUCGAGGAUUCGGAUGAGGACUCUUCGGACGAGGAAUUCGAUGCAUCAGGAGACCACGAUCCACCAUCAAACCACCAGGAAGCUGUGAUAGCUGACGUAGAUGAGGAAUCGCCCGACCCUCAAACGCCGUCGAACACUCAUUUCCCGAUUUCAACGACGGAAUCUCACUUUCGCCACCACACACGCUCGUUCUCACAGUCAUUUGUACCGACAAGUGUUGCUCCUGACUCAUCUUCGGCUCACCCUCGCCUACCCCGUGAUCGAAACCUUACGAUGGAAUCAUUCCGAAAUUCUAUAGGAUCUACCACCGACGGUAUCCUUCCCUCGUAUACUCAAUCACCUUCCCUAUCGAACCUUCCACCGAUCUCACCACGACUUCAAGAGGAACGACCGCAAUCGCGCAGAGGCACGAUGGAGAAUCAAGACCUCUCCGAUACCCGUGAUGAUGUGUCUGACUUUACGACCUCUGAGACCGUAAGAGGCCGCCGAAGCGUAUCAGAUACAGAAGACAAUACUACUCUCAGCACCAGAAGUAUCAUCUCCCCAUCUGAAGAUGGAGAUAUCCACAUAAUUGGGAAAGAAGAUACGUAUUCGGAGCCAUCAGCGCGUCCAAUCGAUCCGGCUUCUGGAGCGUCACAUCGGGAAACCCAAGUCAUUGGCGCAACUAAUCGGAGAGCCUUGAGUGCUGGGGAUCUGUCGGCCUCGCAACGAAGCGGAAGAUAUGCGGACGAUUUAAAAAGAAGCUCUGGGUUUGCUCCCCGAAAUAGAUCAGGCCCGAAGAAGACAAAGGUCAUCGUCAAGGAAUGUGAAUAUGCGACUUAUUAUGCUGUUCUUUACUAUUUGUACACCGACUCCAUAGUCUUCUCCCCUCUCACAUCUGACUUCACCUCAAAGUCCACGAGUGCGUCCCCAACAGGGUUACAGAACCUCCCAGACACUGUGCGAUCCUCAUCCUCCGGAUCUCCGUAUCAACAACAUUUGCCUGCCUACUUCCAGUCCCAGCCAAUCUUGCCCCUGUAUGGCGUCUCACAAUCCCAUCAUCAACAAAUUGUAUCCUCUCAAACAAAUUCUCGAUAUCCACUUUACGGCUCGCAGACCUCUAGCCGCAGGCAAGGCGUUGGGGUUGGUGGCGAGGGUUUUGAGAGUCCCCAUCGUUCUAGGAAAGAGUGGAUCCGGAGUUGGGCUGCCACAAAUCCGGGAAGACCGCGCCCUUGCUCGGCCAAGGCUUGUUAUAGAUUAGCGGACAAGCUUGGCUUGACGGAGUUGAAGGCUCGUGCAUUCCAGCACAUCGUCAAGAGCCUCUCUGUCAACAACAUAUCCUUCGAAAUCUUCUCCUCAUUUUCAGCUGCAUUCGAGGACGUACGGAAGGUACAAGUGGACUUUUUCCUCGCAAACUGGUCCGAGAUCAAAUCCAGCGAGGCGAUGAGGGACGUAUUCCGGCAAGUUCGUCUAGGUAGACACCCUGGCUUCGGUAUGUGUAGUUCUUCCCAUCUUCGAUCUCGUUCCGUCCUCUUAUCCUGCCAAUUGGAUUUCAUUGAAAUAUGAAUGCAAACAGAGGAAGUUUGGCCACUCAUAAUAAUGAACUUGGAGUUUGUACCUCGACCUUUACCAGAAGUCGGUGUGGACGGUCCGAAAGAUGUGUUACCUGCGUAGCUAAAGCCAUAUGCUGCGAUUAGAGGGAUAUCUGCAAGCUUCCACGAUUUUAUAGCGCCAUAUUAUUAAUGAUACACGACAUGCCUAGCCAUGUACUCUCCGUUGAUCUCAUUCUUGCACUGUAUACUACGCAUUAUCCACGUUCUCUUUUAGCACCCAACACUUCUGUUUC